AUGGUCUCACACAAGUCUCCGGGCUUCUCGCUAUUCUUGUUGCUGCUGCUUUGGUCUGCAGCUAGCUCCCUCACUCCAGGCCGUCGGUUCAUUCGCCCCUCUCCAGAACUCAUGGACUCGCCAGUUGAGACCGCGAGUCAUGCGGUUGACAACCCGCGACACCAGGAGAUCAAGCAACUCCAGCGCGUUUACUGCCGGGGAGAGCUGCUGCAUGAGGUGCAGACGCAAGAGCUCUUCCCGGACAGCAAGCACUUCGUGGACAUGCCGAUCAAGGCCUCGUCGUCGGUGGAGCAAGUGUUGACUCAGUUCCAAGAGCUCGAGGCGAACUUUAGCAACGAUAACACCACGGGAGCAGCGGCAGACUGGAAGGCGCGACUCGCUGUGUUUGUCGACCAACACUUUGACUCGCCGGGGGCGGAGUUGGUCCCCACGACUCCUCCAGACUUCCACGAGGGCGAGGUACCUGUUAGGAUCAUGGAGAUCAGGAACGAAAGCCUGCGUGGCUGGGCUAUGGAGCUGCACAAGCUGUGGAAGGUGCUGGCUCGCGUCCCCGCGUCUGCUGCAUCAGGUGAAGCGUCUAGGAGUUCGUUCUUGCAUUCACUGCCGAUUGCUGCAGCUCCAGGCGACCCUCAGAGCGCGCUGGCACGCCAGUUCCACGGAGAAAACGUGCUUGUUGUGCCUGGUGGGCGCUUCCGCGAGAGUUACUACUGGGACUCGUACUGGAUCGUGCAGGGCCUGCUGGUCAGUGGUCUCCGUCAAACCGCUCGCGGGGUGGUGAACCACUUGCUCGAGUAUGUGGCGGAGUUCGGCUUCGUCCCCAAUGGCGGGCGCAUUUACUACCUCACUCGCUCGCAGCCUCCGAUGCUCUCGGAUAUGGUGCGGGUCGUUGCCAAGCUGGAGAAUAGUUCAUCAGAUGAAGAUGCUGACGCCUGGGACCUCGAAUACUUGCGCGCUGCCGUGCCGUUGCUCGAGCGAGAGUACGACUUCUGGAUGCACCGUGGCGUUCAUGGCCACGCCGUCGAAAUUCCAGGUCCACACGGGGAGACCUUCGUCCUCAACCGGUAUGUUGCUCACGCUGGUGAGCCCAGACCGGAGUCAUAUCGCGAGGAUGCAGCAGUCUACAACGAAAUCAUUGCGGCAGCUGAGAGCGGCUGGGACUUUAGCAGUCGGUGGUUCGCCGACUACUCCACGUUGAAAACGAUCCGCACCUCGCGUGUUGUCCCCGUGGAGCUGAACUCCAUCCUACACCGCGUGGAGCUCAACCUUGCGAAGUUUUAUGAAGUAUUGGGGAAUUCUGUGGCUUCACUUCGAUUCCGAGACGCUGCAAACACCCGCACUCGGGCCAUGGACGCCGUGCUUUGGAGCGAGUCCGAGGGCUGUUGGAAGGAUUAUCUGCUGGACUCCCGCGAACAUUCCCGAGUGGUGUCCAUUGCCAACUACUCACCGCUGUGGGGGAGAGCGUUCGACGCCUCGGACUCCGCUCGAUUGGAGAAAAUUGUGACGUCUUUGGAGAAGUCAGGACUGGUUCAGGAGGGAGGUGUCCAAACGACGACUUCGGUCACGGGCCAGCAAUGGGACGCGCCCAACGCGUGGCCGCCUCUGCAAGAUAUCAUCAUCGAAGGUCUGCAGGCGGCCGACACGCCAACCGCGCUGACAUUGGCAAGGGGACUUGUCCAGACGUGGGUGGAAGCAGGCUUCGUGGCGUGGCAGAAGACCGGGCUCAUGUUCGAGAAGUACAACGCCCAGCAACUCGGCGGGGUCGGCGAUGGGGGCGAGUACACGCCGCAGUUCGGCUUCGGCUGGUCCAACGGCGUGAUCCUGUCGUUUCUUACCAAGUACCAGGACCAAUUAGGCGACGCUGCUGAAGUUGCACGUCUUGUUGGUGCUUGA